AUGGAAGGGGGUUUUAUGGAGUCACAUAAGAGGGGAGUUGUUAUGGGUUUACGAACCGGCCGGUCCACCCAGCUCGUGGCCCUUUUCCUCCUUUCAUCUCUCUUUAACCGUUACAUCCUCGAGAUCCGUGGACGUGAGCUCCCUCGACAGCACCCACUCGACGAACGACUUCCUCCUCCUCUCGGUAUAAAGCUCUGCCCCACAGUAAAAAAACUGCGCCAAACAAACGGUGCUCACCAAAAUCCAGACUGCAGCAAACAAUCGGCCACCGCCGGUCGAGAAGCUCUCGUCCCCAUACCCGAGCGUCGUGAUCGUGGCACAAACACAAUAGAACGCAUCGAAGGCAUCCAAACCCUCAACCGCGCACAAGAAAGCCAUCCCAGCGGCCACUAGCAUGACGAGCGAGGACAAAACCGUAAAAAACUUGUACUUAACCCUAUUGGUCUCGACCUCCCUCAAGAUCUCAGCCGGGGUGCACCGGUCCCGCAUGUGGAUGGCCUUAGCUAAGAAAACCUCCUGGCUCUCGACUAUGGUGUCGGCAGCCUUGCUGAGGAGGAGGCCGAUGAGGCCAACGCCGGUGAAGACGAAGGCGCACGCGAGGGACUUGGCGAGGGUGCUUUCGGGGACGAGGUCGCCAUAGCCGACAGUUGUCAUGGUGACGAUGCAAAGGUAUAUGGCGUCGAUUAUGGGGUCGGUUUUGGUUCCGUUGAUGUGGUGGCGGACGAGGUAGAAGGAUAGGGCGCCGGACCCCACGUACGCGAGUAGGAUAAUAGAGGCGAGCUUGAAGUCGAGGCUGUUGUUGCUGUUGAUGUUAUUGUUGUUGUUGUCGUCGUUUGGGGAUGUGGGGCAUGUUUGGGCAAGAUAGGGGGAGUUUUUUCGGCAGGUGCUUUUGCGUUUGGUGAGGGCGUUGCUGCGAGUGGGGCCAAGGGGUGUCGACCGGUCGAGGAGGGGGUUCUCGGCGUCGUUCUUGGCCAUUAUCUUAGACAAAACUUAAAUAAAUGAAGUAUUUUUUUUCAUUUUCCAACUCUACAACAAACAUGAGUCUAUCUCUUUAAUUGGCUUAUUAGCUCUGUGAAAAGAAGGGGGACAUGGCAAUAUUAGAAAUUCAAUCAAUGUGGGGAUAGUCACUUCUAAUCUGGA